CAGAUCACAGAAGAAGACGAAAACGAACAACAAGGUUCAGAUAUGGCGUCGUCUAGAGUCUCUGAUCUUCUUCAUCAACGUGGAAUUGCAGGUGAAAUCAAACAGAAGAAUGUUGGGGGACAUGGAAGACAAAACCGAAAAGUUCUUGGAGACAUUGGUAAUCUCGUCACUGGUCGUGAUAUUGUACCCGGAAAGGAUGUUGCAAAGAAGGUGAAACCGCAGACAAAAGCCGAGGUUAUAGUCAUUAGCCCUGACGAAAACGAGAAAAGCUGCAAACCACAUUUUAGCAGAAGAACUCAUAUAAGAGGAACAAAGACUUUCACCGCAACCUUAAGAGCUCGAAGCAAGGCUGCGAGUGGACUGAAGGAUGCUGUGAUUGACAUUGAUGCUGCCGAUGCUAACAACGAACUGGCUGCUGUGGAAUAUGUAGAGGACAUCUUCAAGUUUUAUAGGACUGUAGAAGAGGAAGGAGGAAUCAAAGACUAUAUUGGAUCACAGCCUGAGAUAAACGAGAAGAUGAGAUCAAUUCUGAUCGAUUGGCUUGUAGAUGUUCACAGGAAGUUUGAGUUGAUGCCAGAGACACUUUACCUUACCAUUAACCUCGUUGAUCGGUUUCUAUCUUUGACAAUGGUUCCUAGAAGAGAGCUUCAGCUGUUAGGACUAAGCGCUAUGCUUAUAGCUUGCAAGUAUGAAGAGAUUUGGGCUCCUGAGGUUAAUGAUUUCGUCUGUAUUUCGGACAAUGCCUAUAGCAGGAAACAGGUUUUGGCUAUGGAGAAAUCAAUCUUAGGAAAAGUCGAAUGGUAUAUCACAGUUCCAACACCGUAUGUGUUCCUUGCGCGGUAUGUUAAAGCUUCGGUUCCAUGUGACAUUGAGAUGGAGAAACUGGUGUUUUAUCUAGCUGAGCUGGGACUUAUGCAGUAUCCCAUAGUUGUCUUACACCGUCCAUCGAUGCUGGCUGCAUCAUCGGUUUAUGCUGCACGUCAAAUCCUUAAGAAGACGCCAUUUUGGACUGAGACUUUGAAACAUCACACUGGCUACUUGGAAGAUGAGAUCAUGGAACAUGCGAAAAUGCUGAUGAAGUUAAGGGACUCGGCUUCAGAGAUUACGCUAACCGCAGUGUUUAAGAAAUACUCUGUCUCAGAAAACGCUGAAGUUGCUCUUCUUCCUUCGCUUGACGACUUAUCUGUUUCUUGUGCAUGAAGAAACAAAACCUUAGUCUUCUUUUGUUGAUCAUCUAGCUGUGAUGAUCUCUUUGUGUUCUUCCCUUUUGUUGGUUUGGUUUUGCAUUAGAUCCUCUGUUAGAUCCGUCAAAGAUAAUGAUGUUGACCAUGAACAACUUUUUUAGUGUGGUUUCAUUUAUCUUCAGUUUCUCUUGGGUUACUCUAUUUGCGUUUGAAUUUCUUACUGAUUUAGCUUAUUAUUAACAUGGAAAGCAGAAAUUCUCCUAGAUAAAUUGAGUUACGAAUG